UUCUCUCUCCUCCGUUCAACAUCGACCGAGGAGGAGGGAGGAGGGAGGAGGCAAGGCAAGGCAACAAGACGAGAGAGAGAGAAAGGCAGAGAGAGAGACCCUCCCCUCCCGAAAAAGCGACGAAUGUCGGUUCUCUCUCUACUCUACACUCUCUCUCUACACACUCUCUCUCUACAAGGAAUCUAAUGCUGUUCGCUGCUGCGCCUUUGAAAAUCCCUCGCAUUCCACAUCGCUUUGCUGCUGCUCGCCAAGCAUUUAUAAUCAUUUACUUAAAUUACUCACUCCUGCCCGCAUCGCCAUUUCGUUUAUAUAAUCUCCGUCCCUCUCUCCUCUCUCCUCCUCCUCCUCCUCCCCGCCCCUGUCUGCAUCCGCCAUUCUUCCCGAGGAAAGAUACCAGCCCCAGCGUGGGGACCCGAGGUUCUCUCGCCGGGAAUCCCGCUCUCCUCGAGCUAAGGCUAUAGCUGGCUUCCUCGUCGUCGUCGUCGUCCCUUGCUCCGCCGCUGAACGAGAGCCGCCGGCCGGCGGGCACGGCGACACCGGAUCUAUGACAAGAUAGGAUUCCCGGAUCACGUAAUGGAUGGUGCAUACUGUAUUUGAAUGAUUUGCAAGCCUCGGUUGUGAGAGAUUAGGCUCGGUGGGAAUUGACAGUAGUCUGAGAUGAGUUGGAACAUGGAUGUUCAAUAUGUUAACACUGGCUAUCCGUACAAUACAUCCGAAAGUUUUAUGGAAUAUUUCGAGGGUCUUACAUAUGAACACGUGAAUUUCAUAUUUUCUGGUGCUUCUCAUGCUCAGGAGAGCAUAUAUCCACCAGUGAAUACAAACUACUACAAAAUGGGUUCAUCAGAAUAUGGUAAUAAUUACACAUAUUACGAUUAUGGUCAUUCGUAUGAAGCGGAUGGUCAAGGACAAGCCUAUCAUGAGAUUAGAAGACCUAUGGUUAGCCCUUCAAUGACUAAUGAGCAGACUCCUGCAGUAAGCAGUGGAUGGGAGGGGAAUGCAAAUAGUGGAUCUCGUGACCGCUCUGCAGCAUGUCCACGAAGGCAUCACAAUUCACAGGAUUAUCAGGUUGUUUGGCAAGACAACAUAGAUCCUGACAACAUGACUUACGAGGAGUUACUUGAGCUAGGCGAAACUGUUGGAACUCAGAGUCGAGGUCUUUCGCAAGAACAAAUAAGUCUGCUUCCAAUUUCCAAAUACAAGCGUGGUUUUUUUUCCAGGAGAAAAUCACGAGAUGAGAGAUGUGUGAUUUGCCAGAUGGAGUAUAAACGAGGAGACCGGCGUAUGACCCUUCCUUGCAAUCAUAUGUACCAUGCUGGCUGCGGUGCCAAAUGGCUCAGUAUCAACAAGGCUUGCCCUAUUUGUUACACCGAGGUGUUCGUGGAUGCAUCCAAAAGAGUAAAAAGUAAUCAUUAAUGUACUCGAAGGCGAAUUCUCAUUUCUUUUGUUCGUUUCUCGAGCUUGGGUGGUGCAUCAUAGAGGUUGUUUGUUGCACCUUGCUUAGUAAAACAAUGGGUUUUACUUGAUAUGAAAAGCUGAGCUAUGAAGUAGGUACAGAAACAGCUGUCAGAUAGCUGGACUUUGUAUUUUCUAUAAAUUUUCAGGUUGUUUUUACAUAGAUAGCUGCACUGUCCCUCAUGAAUUUUAUGAUUCAUUUGAAUGUGCUUCACGAGA